UCCCUUCCUGUUGGCUGCAAGGACUCCGAGUCCAGGGGAAGGGAUUUACUGCUGUACCCGGAACUGUUUCCAAGUUGGUUUUUUUGUUUGUUUGUUUGCUUGCUUGCGUUUUUUCUAGUUCGAUCGCUGCAAGCUCUAAGACUCUAGGUAUCCGAGAACCUUUAGGAGACAAGGAGAGCGCCUCCUUGUCCCGCCCCUUAGCCGGUUCAGCUCCCACCACUAUGGCUCCUGUGUCGGGCUCGCGUAGCCCUGUACGGGAGGCCUCCGGGGGAAAGCGUCGCAGUUCGUCGAGGAGCCCCAAAUCCAUCAAAUCUUCCCGCUCCCCGCGAUGUCGCCGGUCUCGCUCGCGCUCUUGUUCUCGGUUCGGUGACCGGAAUGGCCUCAGCCAUUCGCUGAGUGGCUUCAGCCAUAGCUCUCGAAACCAAUCUUAUCGCUCCCGCUCUCGAUCGCGUUCUCGAGAACGGCCUUCUGCACAGCGGAGUGCCCCGUUCGCAUCUGCAUCCUCGUCCGCCUAUUAUGGCGGCUACUCGCGGCCCUACGGGGGUGACAAGCCAUGGCCUAGCCUGCUGGACAAGGAAAGGGAGGAGAGUCUGCGGCAGAAGAGAUUAAGUGAAAGAGAGAGGAUUGGAGAAUUGGGAGCUCCUGAAGUUUGGGGACUUUCCCCAAAGAAUCCUGAACCAGACUCUGAUGAACAUACACCAGUAGAGGAUGAAGAACCAAAGAAAAGCACUAGUUCAGCAUCUAGUUCGGAAGAUGAUAAGAAGAAGAAAAGGAAAUCUAGUCGUUCAAAAGAAAGAGCCAAGAAAAAGAGAAAGAAAAAGUCAUCUAAAAGAAAACAUAAGAAGUAUUCUGAAGAUAGCGACAGUGACUCAGAGUCUGACACCGACUCUAGUGAUGAAGAUUCAAAAAGAAGAGCAAAGAAAGCUAAGAAAAAGGAAAAGAAGAAGAAACGAAAAGGGAAGAAAUACAAGAAAAAGAAGUCUAAGAAAAACAGAAAAGAGUCCAGUGAUUCAAGCUCUAAAGAGUCCCAAGAAGAAUUUCUAGAGAAUCCGUGGAAGGAUCGAUCAAAGACAGAAGAACCAUCAGAUCUGAUUGGCCCAGAGGCUCCCAAAACACUUGCCUCCCAAGAUGAUAAGCCCUUGAACUAUGGCCACGCCCUGUUACCUGGUGAAGGUGCAGCUAUGGCUGAAUAUGUAAAAGCUGGCAAGCGUAUCCCGAGAAGAGGUGAAAUUGGCUUGACAAGUGAAGAGAUCGCAUCAUUCGAAUGUUCCGGUUAUGUAAUGAGCGGCAGCAGGCAUCGCCGAAUGGAGGCUGUCCGACUUCGGAAAGAGAACCAGAUCUACAGUGCCGAUGAGAAGAGAGCCCUUGCCUCCUUUAACCAAGAAGAAAGACGGAAGAGGGAGAACAAGAUUCUGGCCAGCUUUCGCGAGAUGGUGUACAGAAAGACCAAAGGGAAGGAUGACAAGUGAGGGCUCUCUGACUUUGCAAGUGGACAUUUUAACAUCAAAAAGGAAAUGUGGGUUCUAGACAUAAAUACAAAAAGCUUAUUGUUUUGUUUCUGUUUUGAGUUCUUUUUUGAUGUGUGGUUUCAAUUAGCCCAGGUUGACCUCAGGCUUUGUAGCCAAGGAUGACUCUGAACUCUUGGUCUCCUGUCUCCACCUUCCGAGUGCUGAGAUUCCAGGUGUGGGCCACCAGGCCCAGCCAAAAAGGCUAUUGUGCUGUGAAACGGCUUUUCAGGGCUUCUGUGCCUUCUUUUUAAUUCUUCAGUCCUUCAAUAAAAGAUGCUUUAGAUAGAAUUAGUACAUUACUUGGGGCUUUUUAAGAUCUACCCUAGUCUUCUGGUUUAAAAGUCCAAAUUCUGAAUGAAGUCCUGCUAUGUUAGGAAGGUGGCCUAGAGAGAAAGCGGCAGAUGAAUGAGGAAUUUAAAUCUCACAUCAUGAUCUGGUGUGACUAUCAUUAGCCCCACACAGUGUCUGCUGCUCCCCCAGAACAAGUUGGGGAUUCAUAUCUUGUCUUGAAUGUGUUGUAAGUGGGCUUGACAGGAACUAUUUAGGGGAUAUUUCUGUUAAGAAAAUGAAGUUGUUGCUGUACACAGCAACUCUGGAGUUUGAAAACUGACUUGUUUGCUAUACUGGGCCCUAGAAAUGUAUUUCAGGCUAACUCUACCUCCGCUCUCAAACCAAGCAAACCAAAUGGCUAACUCACAGAUUGUGGACUAGAAAAUGUGAGCAUUAGGUGUUUCAGGUUCUUAAUAAUCACUGAACAUUGUUCUUUCAGCGGCUAGGGUAGAGCUCAGAGUUAAAACACGGGGCAGAUGAGGCCCUGAGCUACAUCCCUAGCAGUGCAAAACUAUUUCAAAUACAGUUUUGGGAAGUCUAGUGUGCCAAUAUAAGAAAACUAUUCCUAACUAAGCUGAUAUUUAAUAUAGGGUAAUAUCUUAAAAAUGAGUAUCAAGAGUGCUAAUAAGGGAAAAUAUAGUAAGUCAGUAUUUUAAUUAAGCUGUUUCUUGAUGAUGAAAGCAAAAUAUUAAACAUUUUCAAUUGUGUCCUUUAUGUUACCAGAUUUCUUGUUUGAGACAGAGUCUCACUAUGUAGCCCUGGAUGGCCUAGAACUCACAGAGUUCCCCCUGCCUCAGCCUUCCAGGUGCUAGGGGUUAGAGGUGUGUGCUAUUACGCCUCAGUACAGGAUUUUAUUUUAAAUGUUGCUAAGCGCUUCAGCUUUUUAUAUGUCUCAUGUCUUCAAUCCCUAACUUUGUAGAAACCUUCCUCACUCCAUCACUGUUUGAAAAGUUUAAUAUAUGUUCUGGGAGAAUGUGUUUCUAACCCACAACUGCUGAAUUAAGCAGCAGUUAGCAUAUGGUAAAAUCUGUGAUCUUUGAACUUGAAAUUUUGUCACUGUAUUUAUACUUCUCAGUCUGAUAAGUCUAUAGUUUCCUAAAGUCUAAUGGAAACUAGGUUCCAAAGUUGGAAGGCUUAUUAAUCCAUGCACUUCCCCAUGAAAUACUAUGUGAAGUUUAUAAUCUCUACUUUAAAAGUUAUUCUCUAGGGGCAUUAGUUUUUGUUAACUGGCUCCUAGCAACUGGAUAAACAUGUUUUUCUUUUUAAAUAGGAAAUGUUGUUUCAAUGCAACAUUUUUGUAGUGUAUAAAUAUUAUGGAUUUUCUUUUGAUUCUUCUCCACAGAGUAUAUACAAUCAGUGAAAAAAAAAUAGGAAUUUAUUUUAAAAUCUAUCAUUCCUAGAAAUGUAUUAACAGGUCCUUUAAAAAGUGGAGAGCUGAAAGUAUUUUAUUUUCAGCUUGUUUGAAUUAUCCUUCAAAGUGUGUUCUGUCACCUGAGCUCUAAGUCAGCCAUUGUUGGCAAAAACAAAUCUUUACUGCUCUACAGAGGAAGAAACACACACUAUGUACACACACACACACACACACACACACACACACACACACACACACACACACCACACACAAUCAAACAUUAAUCCAGGAAUUCCCUCUUUGUUACAUUCCCAGUGAACACGAUAGUGGUUAGGCUUCUAUCUGUACUCUUUAUAGUUCUUUAGGCCUGAGUAAAAUCUAUGUAGAACUAUUGUAAUUGAGAUACUUUGUUUUCUAAAGAGACUUGCUGAGUUUCUCACCUUUUCACCUCUUGUUCAUAGAAUUUUUCUCUCCUUGUUUUUAUUUGUUGUACAAAGAUAAUAGUAAAAAUAGAGAAAUUGCUCAGUCCUACCACAUGAAUUGUUACAAGUGUUCUGUGUUCCUUGUACGUCUUUGUCAUUUGAAGUGUAGUGUAACUUUGUCUUUGGUGUUUUAGAAUUGUGUGAUCAGACAUAGCAGUCCCAUUGGGAAGUUAGGAAUACAUGAUGACCCAGUGUGAAGACAGAAGUAAGACCAGAAAUAAGGAAGGGUGGUAACCCGUUCCUGCUUCGUUGUAGUCACGAGCGUGAUGUUCUACACACCAAAAUCCUCUGGUUCAGAGUUCAGCAGUGAGGCUCACCUUACAGUAGACAAGGUCUGUGACUAGUAGAGCCUUUCAGACUGUUAGGGUAAAGUAUAGAGCUGUUACCAUUUUGUUACCCAGAUACCCAUAAAAGUGUCUGUCAAGCUUGGAGGUAGACAUAGAGAAGGACCAAAUAGCUAAGGGCCAAUGGCUGAACUUUAAUAAUGUUCAAAACUCAACUCUGUGCUUGCCAGACUCCAAAAUCAUGAUACAGUGUUGAGAAAAAUAUUUUCAAAAACAGAAAACAACUUAUUUCAGAAUGGAUAAUGAAUAAAAACAAAAACGCAGUUGGGUUAUGUGCCAUGAGUUUAUUAUUCAAUAAAUAUUAUGUGAUUUGA